UUUCCAUAAAAGGUAUUUAUAGACUCAAGUGGGCUGAAAAACUGAAACUAAUAGGCCUAAUGCCUUUUUUCUUGUAUGUCGUCACUACUAGGUUAGCUCCUUUUAAGAUACUUGGGACAUAAUUGGGCUGAACCUGACCAUGACUGCUCCAUUUAGGUUCUAUUCAACAUAUAUUGAGACAGCAUUACCACUACAAAACUACAAGUUAAGCCAUUCUUACAUAUUUAAGAUUAUGAAAUCAUUGUUAGUCUAAAGCGCCUGCUAGCAUGGUCAAAGGUUUUCUUUUGUUUCCCUCGCAAAGAGGCAUGCAUUCUUGUCGAAACUAAGUACAAAAAUCAUGCAUGGUUGUAGCUUACAUGUAUCUGAUAUUGAAUUCCUGAAGCAUUAUGGGCCCAAGGAGUUUCUGGAAGAUGUUAGAACCAAAUUUGAUGAGAACUGAGAAGGUAGCUCGGUCGAAAAAAAAAUGGUGGCGUAAAAGUUUUGGUUUGUCCACCUCAAUUUUCAAAACUAGUUCUACCUUGUCAACAGGUCAAAGCAGAUGAAGGAAGGUCAAAUUAUUGUGCCGUCUAGCUAUCUACAAGUACAAAACGGAAAGGAGAGAAAUUCUCAUAGCCUCCAAUCAAAACCUAAAAGCCCAACCUCUUCCCUCUACCUCUUCUUUUCUGCUCAUGGAUUCAUCAAGCAAACCAGAACUGGUUACUGAGUUCCCAGGUAUCAUCAGAGUCUACAAAGAUGGCCAUGUCGAGAGACUCAUCGAAACUGGCUUUGUCCCGCCAUCAACUGAUCCCCAAACCGGUGUUUCAUCCAAAGACAUAACGAUGAUCCCUGAAUCCAACGUUUCUGCGCGUCUCUUCCUUCCAAAACUGACCAGCCCUCACCAGAAGUUGCCUCUCCUUGUCUACUUCCAUGGUGGAGCCUUUUGUGUCUCAUCACCGUUUACUCCAAAGUACAACAGCUACCUGAACGCUUUGGUAGCUGAAGCUAACGUGAUUGCAGUUUCUGUGAACUACAGAAAAGCUCCCGAGCACCCCAUCCCUACAGCUUACGAGGAUUCUUGGGCUGCUCUUCAAUGGGUAGUUUCACAUUGUAACAGUAAAGGGCCUGAAGCUUGGCUAAACGACCAUGCGGACUUUCAAAGAGUGUUCUUAGGUGGAGAAAGCGCUGGUGCCAACAUUGCUCACAACUUGGCUAUUAUCGCCGGAAACCCUGAGUUUGGUCUAAACGUGCAGCUCCGUGGGAUAGCUUUGGUGCACCCAUUUUUCUGGGGCUCGGAUCCAAUCGGGUCAGAGGCUUUAAUGGACCCUGGUAAAAAGUCUGUUUUGGAUCGGGUAUGGCCAUUUAUCUGCCCAUCAAACCCGGAUAACAAUGAUCCUAGAUUCAACCCGGUUGCUAUGGACGCGCCAAGCUUGGUGGGGCUUGGGUGCACGAGGGUUUUGGUUUGCGUGGCUGAGAAGGAUGGGGUUAGAGAUAGAGGGCGGCUUUAUUUUGAGGCUUUGGGUCGAAGUGGGUGGAUGGGAGUUGUGGAAAUUAUGGAGACGGAAGGAGAGGAUCAUGGGUUUCAUUUGUCUGAUUUGGAGAGUGAGAAAGCCAAGGAUUUGAUCAAAAGGUUGGCUGCAUUCUACAAUGGAGAUAUGCCUUCUUCACUCUAAAUCAUUAUCAGUGGAUUCCUUGCUUAAUUAAUCUGUUUUCCCAUCAUUAUAAUUGUAUUGAUUUCCUUGUAUUACCAAUUGAAAUUGUUUGCUAAAUCUUUUGGUUUCCGGAUGCUACAGAGUUUUGGACACUUGUCUUCUAUAUUUAAACUCAAGAGUCAAGACUAUAUACAAGGAAUGGAAUGAUGGAUGAAGAAAGGCUAUUUCGGC